UGAUAAUCUGGUGUGACAAGGUGCAGAUGGCUAAACUUUCAUUUCCUUCCAUUUGUAUUUACUCUGAGGUUGUCUUUGUUCCUCUGUUCGUAGUGAGAACUGAGUAGAAAUCGCCCACUUCUUAUUUUCCCCUCGAAGGUUUUGUUUGUACCAGUUUAGUAGACAGUCAUGGACUCCUUGGACCCGGCAGAGCGUAGGUAUUUGGAGGAUGAGGAUACUCCUCUGAUGAAGACACUUAAGGGUGCGACAAAUGGAUUUGUAACUGGAACUAUCUUUGGGACCAUAGUUGCUACUUGGUAUGAUGUGCCUCGUGUUGAGAGAAAUGUCGCUCUUCCUGGGCUGAUAAGGACCCUGAGGAUGAUGGGAAACUACGGGGUUACAUUUGCUGCAAUUGGGGGAGUGUACAUUGGCGUUGAACAGCUUGUGCAAAAUUAUCGGAUGAAGAGAGACUUUAUCAAUGGAGCUGUCGGUGGUUUUGUUGCUGGGUCUACUAUUCUAGGUUACAGAGGAAAGAGCAUUUCAACUGCAAUUUCUGCUGGAGCAGCCCUGGCAGUCACUUCGUCGCUCAUUGAUGCUGGGGGCCAGACCACGAGAAUUGAUAAUGGCAAGGAGUACUAUCCUUACACCACCAAGAAAAGAUCCACAUCCGAUUCAUAAACUUAACUGAUGAAAAGGUGAACACUUGUUUCUUGAAUUGGCUGUAUUUCCAGAGAUGCAAUCAUACUCUCAGUUCGCUUUCUCUGAUGUCCAAAUUUAUGUUUUUGACCUUGAAUGGAUGUCUUGAAUAAGUUUUCUAUUUCGUGCUGUUGAAAUGUUACGAAAAUAUAUAUCAUUUUGUACACGAGUUUUUCAAUAUUUAGACUGGUUUUUAUU